UACAAUAAUAAUAUACAAGAAUCUUUUUUAAAAAAAUUUUCUUAAAACCCAAAAUAAUCUCUUAUAGAAAGUGUAGUUUUGAAACCAGACACCGCCCUUAAAGAUUAUUAAGCAUAAAUAACAAAAUAUUACCAAAUAAAAAUAAACAAGAUUCCAAAUUCCCAAUAAAACAAAUCCUUAUAAGAAAAACAUAUCGCCUACUCUACAAUCCUAGUGUUUUUAUAAGAAAUUUCAACUUAAUCUUUAUCUAAAAAGUUUAAGUGUGUUCCAGCGUGUUUAUAUUUACCUAAAAUCUAGUAAAGCAAAGUGUUUGCAGCUGAAGCAGUGUAAACCAGAAUAUAAUAUAACAUCACCACUGUUUGAAUACCUAAAUUGGAAACACACGUUUUAAAUCAAUAAAUUUUAGUCAUCAUGUUGAUUGGAUUAGUACGCGAUUCUGUUAUGCAGUGCUUCUGCCAUACAUGCCGGGCUCCCAUUUUGCCAGCUGUAUCAAGGAGACAGGCACCAAUUAAGAAAUCCAAUAAAAUACGUUCAAAACAACCAAGGUUAUCGAAGAAAGUCAAAUUUAUAACCACUGAAAUCCGUUGCCAGGAAAAAUCCCGUGGCGGUUUGAGUUAUGAAGUGAUUUUGGCUGAGCCAGCUCCUAAUGUAGCCGUACCCAAAAAACCAGUUACACCCGGCAAAAAUGUAUCAGCCGAAGAAAUUGAGCAAAAAUUAAAGGCCGCCGAAGAAAGACGUAUUUCUUUGGAACAAAAGAAAAUGGCUGAUUUGUCUUAUAAAUUGGCUAAAAUUGAGGAAGCCACACGCAAAAAAGAUGAAAUUACCAAUGAAUUCAUUAAUCAAACCAAGGAACAAUUGGAAUCGAAAAUGGAACAACAUGUUGAGAAACGUGAAGCUAUUAUUAGUGAUUUGAAAGAAAAAUUGAAGAUUCACUCUCAAGAAAUCGAAAAAACUCGAGAACAAUUGGAACAACAAAAAUACAUUGAAAAGAUUGCUAUUGAGGAGAAAUUAAAAUCUGCUCAAACUUUGCGCGAUGAAAACAUCAAGAAAAUGUUGGAACGUCUAAAGGAACAUGAACGUCGUGCUGAAUUGGUACGUCAAAACAAGGCUGCUGCCCAGCCCCAACAAUUGAGCGAAGACAACAUGUCAACAGCCAUUGCCUCAUCCGGCUAGAAGAUGUGCUAAACACCUGCACCCAACAACAACAACAGAAGAAACAGCAUAGAAGAUGAAAAAUUUACGAUUAUUUAAAAAAAUGAAAAAACAGCACUACGAAACUGCUUCAAAAUAAACAAGAAAAAAAUAAUAAUUAAUAAAAAAAAAAUUAGAGAUCUUUUUUGAAAACUCGAGAGUUUUUCAUAAAAUAAAACACACAAAUCAUUUAACUGCUAAAGAACAAAACAAAAAAACCGUUUAAUUAAAGUUUAAAAACAAAAAAUAAACUAUAUACUCAACAAAUUUAAAAGAAAAAAAAGCAACAUGGAAAAGCAUAUAAUCCCCCUCUCUCUCUAUCUCUCUCUAACUACUAAUUAUAACAAAACAAAAAAAAAAUUAAUUAUAUUUUUCAUUAACAACAAUUAUUAUAUAAAAGAAAGAAAGGAAAACAAAAAAAAAUAACUCAUUAACUACAAAAAAAAGCUGAUAUUAAUAAUAAUAUACAAAAAAAAACUAACACUAACAACUGGAAGACAACACCUUAAACAAAAAAGAAUUUGUUUUGCAAAUAUUUUUUUAUUAAAAGGUGAAAUAAUUUUAGCACACUUUCUUUUUCGAUUUAUUGAGAAUAAAAAUGAAUUGAGCAAAAACGACUUGAUUAAAUUAAACAACAACGGCACACAAUAUUAGUUAAAAGUAUGUAUUGCGGGCUAAAAUAAUGAGUAGCUUUGUUUACAAAAAUAUUGUUCAACAAAUUAACAGGGCGACUCAUAAUUAAGGCUCUUUAUUAGAAAAAAAAAAACACAGUCGUUAUUUUAACAUUUUUCGUUUCAAAUCAUUUUCUUUUUUUUUUAAAUACAUACCCAUAAUUACUAAAUAAACGUGAAUUUUUUUUAAGUAUUAUUAUAACACUUUUAUUUUAAAUGUAUUAACUUUAACAUCCAAGUCUUUUUCAAAAAUGACCUGUUUGCUUUAUAUUUCAUGUAUAAUUUUUACUAACAAUUUAUUAUUUUUAAUUUUAAGAAAUUUUUGCAUUGAUUUUACACAUACAACAUAUAUUCUUUUAAUUAUUUUUUUUAAUAUAAAUUUUGUGUAAGUUCUUUUUAAUAAAAAAAAAUAUAAAUAAAAUGCUUCAAAAAAAAAAUCAAUAAAAACAUUAUUUAAACAAAACAA